AUGGCGACCGGACGCGGCCGGCAACUGCAACCGCCCUGGCGCAGCUUCAUGGCGCGGACCCCGCCACUCGGCGGCGACGGCUCGGCCCGCGGGAGAGCGGGGAAGGCAGCCGGGGGCUCGGGGUUCAGAACCGGGCGAGGUGUCAGGCUGGUCGUGGGCUGCGCCUCUCUGGGUCACCGUGCCCGGCUGGAUAAGCCCUGUGGGAAAUCCUGCACCGGCUGCUCUGUCUCUCUGGACGGUUUGCCUUCAGAAAUCCUGCUGAAGAUCUUGUCCUACUUGGAUGCGGUGGCCCUGCUGCGCGCCGGAUGUGUGAACAGGCGCUUUUAUCACCUGGCCAAUGACAACUUUAUUUGGAUCAGAAUCUACUCAACUGCCUUUUCACCUAAACGAUCUAAUUGGAAAGUUAAUUCAGUAGAGAAGACAGCCGUGUCUAUGAACUCACUGUCAGCUGCGGAUAAAGAAGCUGGAUAUUGGAAGAAAGAAUAUAUUACAAAACAAAUAGCGUCUGUAAAAGCAGCUCUAGCUCGGGUUCUCAAACCUCUCCACCCUUGCACAGGCCUCCCAGUUAAGACCAAAGAGGCCCUCAGAAUAUCUGGUUUAGGUUGGGUAAUUAUAUUGAAAGAAAAUAGUGGAAAAGAACACAUCCUGGAGCACGUUGAUCUUUCCUUCAAUGAUUCAUCAGUCACGGCCAUGUGGUAUGGCAAAGACUGGCCACGUCUUGUCACACUGUCGACCUUAGAUUUGUGUGGGGUGACGCCAGUGUUUCUGAACCGGUCUCAAACCCCCAUGAAAAAUGGACCUCGGUGGCAUUCUUUAAUUGCAAAGUACAACCUGAGUCACUUAACCGAGUCCACCAUGCUUGGCUGUGAUAGGCUGAUCCGGAUCUUCUGCCUGCACCCGGGCCUCGUGGUGGGGCUCUGGAAGAGGGAGGAAGAACUGGCUUUUGUUAUGGCAAAUCUUCAUUUCCAUCACCUUGUGGAGAGGAGCACGUUAGGCUCGGCUGCUGUCCCCUACGAGCUGCCUCCUCAUACCCCCCUUUAGGAUGACAGCCCGGAGUGUGGACUGAGUGGCUACCAACUCCAUGUUGAUAUGCACAGCGGGGGAGUUUUCUGCCUGUGUGGCACAUUUGGCAACCUCUCCACCAGCAAAGGAUACAUUGAAAAUGAAUAUAUGAAGCUCAGUGUGAUAAGUUUUAAAAAUAGCACCGAACACCUACCUCUUAUUGGAAAAGUUGGCCUUUCUUGGAAAACUAAUAUUUUUGAUGGCUGUAUAAAGAGUUGCUCUGUAAUGGACUUAACUCUUUUGGAAGAAUAUGGGAAACCCUUCUGGUGUUUCAGUUCCCCAGUGUGCAUGAGACCCUCUCCCGGGCCCUCUGACGGCCCUGCUUUCUUGGGGGAGACGUACCGUGUGGACUACGCAGACGCGGAGGGAAGGGUGCACUUGGAGCUGGUGUGGAUCGAGGAGACGGGAGAGUACUUUAUCGUCAGCCUGGCGCUCUACCUGCGGGUGGCAAAGAUAAACCACUGGUUUGGGACCAAAUACUGAGCAUUAGCAGUAGGCGGCAAAUUAUUGUUGCUGUUUGUUUCUUUUGGACUGACUGGUUUUGUUCUUGGUGUUUGUUGGAAGUUAAAAUAAAGCAGUAGUCUGUU